AUAAAUCACAGUAAGCGCAUCCUAAGCAACGGCGAUUCCAGCUCGGAUUUGUUCCAUUUUAUUAUUAAAAUAAUAUUUUUAGUGCUACUAUUAGUACUCCCUCAACUCUUUAUUCCACUCGUUUCAUUUCUUCUCAUUCUACACUCUAUCAACUAAACCACAUACCCAACUUCUUCAUCUUAUAAAAUAAACAAAUUAAACUUCUUUCAUUCAAAAACAAUACUACUUCUAAACAAUUUGUUCAUGCUAUAAUGGAUCCAUGUCCAUUUGCAAGGUUAAUAAUCGAGUCGUUAGCACUCCAGCUCCCAAUGGGGGCGAGAUCCUCAUCGGGAGCUGGAGUCCAUCCUAGUACGACUCCAUGUUUUUGUAAGAUCACAUUGAAGGGGUUUGCUUCGCAAACUGCCCUUCUACCUCUUUCCUCCAAUCCGUUGGAGUCUGCCACAAGCGCCUCAGGGUUUCAUUUAGACCCUGCGGCUCUUAGGCGUAUGUCAGGUAGGCCUGUUUCGCUUCGAGUAUCUGUGUACUCGGGGCGAAUGGGCCAGACUUGCGGAAUGAGCACUGGUAAGCUCUUAGGUCGAGUUAACCUAUGUGUUGACCUUAAAGGGGCCGAGGCGAAACCCAUUGUUUUCCAAUCCGGUUGGAUGAGGCUUGGAAGUGAGAAAAGGGUUGAGAAAAACAAAGGAGUUGAUCAUGCUAAGCUACAUUUGAUGGUCCGGUCUGAACCGGACCCUCGGUUCGUUUUCCAGUUUGGUGGUGAACCGGAGUGUAGCCCGGUUGUAUUUCAGAUCCAAGGAAACAUCAGCCAACCGGUUUUUAGCUGCAAAUUUAGCGCAGACCGAAACUCCCGCUCUCGCUCACUUCCAGCAAACUUUGCCAUAAGCAAUAACAAUAGCAAUAAGAAAUGGAUGGUGAGAUCUUUGUCCGGAGAGAAGGAUAAGCCAGUGAGGGAGCGAAAGGGGUGGAUGAUUAUGAUCUACGACCUCUCUGGAUCCCCGGUUGCAGCAGCAUCAGUCAUCACUCCUUUCGUCCCAUCUCCAGGGUCUGACCGAGUCUCUCGGUCAAACCCCGGUGCCUGGCUCAUCCUCCGACCCCACGGCUCCCACGUUAGUAGCUGGAAGCCAUGGGGCCGGCUUGAGGUAUGGCGUGAGAGAGGCCCAGUUGAUGGGCUAGGCUACAAGUUUGAGUUGGUCACUGAAAAUGGACCAACUCAAACUGGCAUUCCUAUUGCCGAGGCCACAAUGAGCAUCAAGAAGGGGGGACAAUUUUGCAUUGAUAAGCGCGAUUCCAACUUAGGAGAGGGGGUCAUGAGGUCACCGGUUCGAGGAUUCGUAAUGGGGUCCACGGUCCAAGGGGAAGGUAAAGUAAGCAAGCCAUUGGUCCAGGUUGGCAUGCAGCAUGUCACAUGCAUGGCAGAUGCUGCACUAUUUGUAGCACUUUCAGCUGCCAUUGAUCUUAGCAUGGAUGCUUGUAGACUAUUCUCUCAAAAACUAAGGAAGGAACUUUGUCACGACGAUAAUCAACAUGACAUAAUCUUGUAGGAUUAUCAUAACUCGUACAAGAUCGACAAUUCCUUCCCCAUCACCUCCGAUCCGCAGUGACAACCAAUAUAAUUAAACUCCGGAUCCACGUCGUAAAUUAUUGGUUUGAGCAUAUGAUUUUUCGUUGUGAGGCUUAAAUUAAUAUUUUUCUUUUUGAUUCUUUGGUUGUGUUUUUGUUCGUCUACAAAAUGGGCGGAUUUGGAAGAAUUGAGGGUUGCUGAUGGAGGAAAUAUUUUCUCUUAUUGAUCACAGGUGGUGAUUAAUUAAUUAUAUAUGUAAUCUAAUUAACAAAACUUGUACAGAGAACAAGGAUCAAAUGAAGUUUUUUUUGUUCAUAUAAGAAGUUUUGUAUUCUUUUAAUUUCAAGUGACUGACCGAGCAUAGUUCUUUGUAGCUUAGAUACAUAUUCUUUGUAGCUUGAUUGUUAUUUUAUUCAUUCAUAUGGUUGGUUCAAAA